GAUUUAUGCGUUGGCGUGGGGGUUGGUGGUGUUGGAAAGUUAAAAGAAGGAUUAUGAAUGAAGUGCAUCGCCGAGGCUCUGCGAAGGAAUACUUAAUAAAUGGAGGGGGCUGUAAAAAUGGAUGUCAAAUCUAUCAUUCGUUUUGAAUGAUUCUUUUUCUUUUUCUUGUCCGUUUGUCUGUUUUCAAUGCUUUUCUUCUACUAAAAUAUCGAGGCAUACUUGGGCAAGAAGGAAGCCUCCCUCUCCCACUACAUGCCCGAUUAUCUGUGACCUAGUGGGGUAUACACAUUCGGAUUCAGCCUUAUCUACUUUAUCAAUGUUACACCAACUGUUACAAUAAGCUUAUUUAACUAUUCGAUUCUUCCGUUACAUCGUACCGAAGCUUUGCCUCUGUCUUUGUUUUUUAUAUAACAGUUGUACGAAUCAAACCAGAUUCUGGGCUAAGCUUUCCCGACUCUUCUUCUGUGCCUGCCCCCGCUGUUUUUAACGAGUUGGUGGCGUUAAAAAGAGUGGCAGAAGAAAAAGCUUGAUUGAUUCUCAUAUUUCUAUUGCUUGCUUCCUUGGCAAUUGUCUAAUUGAUGAGUAUGAGAGGUGACAUCAAUGUCUUCCAUUAGGAGUUCGACUUUCGGAUUACAGAUAUCGGAAACAAUGAGAUGCGCCGGACAGGCAGCCAAAAAUCGGAGAGAAAAGAGAUUUCAAAAGAUAAAUACCAUGGCGAGAAUUCGAUCGAGAUUAGGAAGGGCGUUUGGGAGGGUGUGGGAGAUUUGGCAUGAUUUUAAAAAGUGGAGAAGAGAUGUUGAAGAAGCGAGACAGAGACGGGCAGAUAGAUACGAUAACCAUAUGGUGAAUCAUGAUGAUAUAUGGUGAUGCGCGGACGAAACUCAUCUGUUGUCUUAAAUAGUUCAUUUUGAGGAGAAGAAGAUUACGCACAGCUUGAUAGAACUCGAGACCACCUGUGAUAUCUUAAAGCCCAUAGUCAGAUCCUCAUCGUCUGACAUUUUAUGGCUGGAACUGCGGCCCAAACAAGAGAUACCUCGCACAUGGUACUGUUUGACGUUAUUCCCGAGACAGCCGCACUACGUACUGUCGAUGUAAGUACUUCUAAAAACACACUUGUUGUUUAGAAAUCUUAUCAAAUUAUAUUACUAUUCCGAGGUAUACGAGAAGGCCUGGGGACAAACUCUUAUCGCAUCAAAAUCCCACAGUAUUCCCAACUAUCAAUCACUGCUCUCUCCCCACCUGUCUGAAGAGAAGUCGGCCGUUGAGCUUCUCUAAAUAGAAGAUUUGGAAAAGCACUUUUCUAUUUGAUUUUCAGAUGAAUAUGGGGAAAAUAUGAGGGGGAAAUGGGAGGAGAAUGGUUUUAAGUUUUGAUAUGGAGGUUCUGGUGUGCAGGUUUCGCAAAGGAAAAUUGAAAUAGUUUGGUUUGGUUCGGGUUGGGUUGGUGAAAUUGUCAAAUGGGUAUAACCUGGGUGAUGGUACCGGAGAUGUGAUCCUGAUCCAAUUAAGUGAAAUUUUUUCAUGAUAGUCUCACAGAAGGAUCGAAUGGAACUUAAAAUUAGAGUAUUUUUCGUGGAGUUGAGACGCGUUUUAGAAUCAAAUGCACCCCUUGUGGUAGUCUUUUUACCAAACCGCGAACCGGAGUUGAAUCCCAUACUUUCUUCCUCUUCUUUUCCUCA